UCAUCAACGUGCAAGGUAUACUGCCGCGCUCGAGUAAAUCCAAAAAUUCCCUCUUCGGCUCCGCUACUAUAGUUAACUUGGAUUUGCAAACAGGAUUAAAGGUUACGCCAAGACGACUUUAUCAGAAUCCUAUCAGUCGUUUAGUUUACUUAACGGCUGAAGACGGGUUUCCUCCGACAUAAAGAUAAUGAGCGACUCGCAUCUCCGUAGUCCUGAGCCGAUCGGCACUCCGCGCGAACGCUCAGCACACAUUCGGUUGAAGCAAACACUGUCAACAACAGUAGUGUUCGAUACUAAAUGUCUUUGGAUAUCCGACUUGAUUGUCUUUCGGAGGAGUUUACACUGAGAUUAUCAUAAUUCGGAAUAGAGAAAAGUAGACUGCUGUUUCUAACCUAUUUUGUCCACUGGGUUUUCUCUGUGUCGAAAACUCUGGCUGGCUUCAUUCCGUCUUCGUAUUGGGGCAGAAUCUCUGAACAGUUUCCCAAAUUAAAUUACUGAGAUUUAGUGGAUAGUUUGCACUUGAUAAAGAUCCGCGGAUGUAAAGAAUGGAGUCAGAGGAAGAGGUUCCUUUUCCAAAGUCUUUGGAGCAGCGAGGGUGGCGGGGUGUAUUGACCAGACGGCUGCCCAUCCUGCGCUGGGCGCCGCAGUACGACCGCGAGACUGCCGUGGCAGAUGCUGUGGCUGGAGUCACACUCGGCCUGACGCUGGUGCCGCAGAGCAUAGCGUACGCAUCGCUCGCCAAUUUGCCAGUGCAGUAUGGAUUAUACUCUGCGUUUGUAGGCACCAUGCUGUACGUGGUGCUGGGCACGGUGAAGGAGGUGUCGAUCGGGCCCACCAGUCUGAUGGCGCUGCUCACGCUGCACACGUGCCGCGACCUGCCCGUCGACUUCGUGGUGCUGCUCACCUUCCUCUCCGGCUGCCUCGUGCUGCUCAUGGGCCUGCUGCGGCUUGGUUUCCUGGUGGACCUCAUGUCGCCGGCGGUGACGAGCGGGUUCACGUCGGCGACGGCGGUGAUCAUCGUGGUGGCGCAGCUCAAGGGGCUGCUGGGGCUGAGCUUCGUGGCGGAGUCGCCGUUCGACAACGCGCGCCUCAUCGCGCAGCACUGGGCCGACGUGAGGCUGCCCGACUGCGCGCUCGGCGCUGUCUGCUGCACCGUGCUGCUGGCGCUGCGAAAACUGAAGGACGUGCCAGUGAGCGACAAGCGCGCGGGGCUCAAGAAGCUGCUGUGGCUGGUGUCCAUCUCGCGCAACGCGCUGGUGGUGCUGGGGGCGUCGGCGGUUGCCUACUGCACGUACGACCCGCUGCGACCGCUCUUCAAACUCUCCGGUAAAGUGGAGUCCGGGCUGCCCAAGCUGGGCCUGCCGCCGUUCAGCGCAACGUUGGGCAACGAGACCGUGGGCUUCGUGGAGAUGGCGGCGCAGCUCGGGCCCGGCCUGGCCGUGCUGCCCUUCGUCAUGGUGCUGGCCAACAUCGCCAUCGCUAAGGCUUUCAGCGUGGGCGGACGCGUCGAUGCGACGCAAGAGAUGCUGACGCUGGGCGUGUGCAACAUGGUGGGCGCGCUGGUGCGAGCGAUGCCCACGUGCGGCGCCUUCACGCGCUCCGCCGUGUCGCACUCGUCGGGCGUGCGAUCUCCCGCCGCCGGCCUCUACUCCGGCAUUAUCACGCUGCUGGCUCUCAACUACCUCACGCAGUACUUCUUCUUCAUCCCCAAGGCUUGCCUGUCGUCCGUGCUCAUCUGUGCCGUUAUAUUCAUGAUCGACGUGAGCGGGCUGCUGGAGCUGUGGCGCGCGAGCCGGCGCGAGGCGGGCGUGGCGCUGCUGACGCUGGCGGCGGGCGUGGCGCUGGGCGUGGAGGCGGCCGUGCUGGGCGGCGCGCUGCUCAGCCUGGCGGCGCUGCUGCGCGAGCUGCUGCGGCCGCCGCGCCUGCUGCUCGCCAGGGACAAGGCGAGCGAGUGCAGCGUGCUGCGCGUGCGCGUGCGGCGCGCGCUGGUGUACCUCAACGUGGAGCGCGCCGCCGCCGCCGUGCGCGCCGCGCUCGCCGCGCCGCCACGCGCGCUUCACCGCGCCGUGCUGCUGGACUGCGGCUCGCUGGCGCUGCUCGACCACACCGCCGCACAGGUGCUGGAACGUCUGGCCAAGGAGCUGGAGGGGCGCGGCCACUACCUGGUGUGCUACAACGCGGGCGGCGAGGCGCUCAAGGCGCUGCAGCGAGUCCCGCGGUUGGACGCCCGCGCACUCGGCGCCCGCUCGCUGGCCGGCGCGCUGGCGGCGGCAGCUGAUCCCCCUCCACCCACCAUACCCGCCCCACCCGAGCAUUUGCCGCUACUGGAGAAGACUCCUCAAACAGAGGAAGUGUAAAGACUAGAGCAAAGGCCUAACCUUAAGAAUAACUAGAUGUGUGCCUAGCAUAGCUUCGAAGGGCGCUCGCACGGAGUGUUUAAACAAAGAGAAAAUUUUUAGCUUAAAAUAUAAGUAAAAUACACUUGCCAAUACAAGUGACGCCAAAUAUACUAAAACCAAACUGGUUGCGCAAUGUUUAUCAACAAGCAAAUUAAAAAUGAAGGUAGAAAACGCAUGCAAUUUCAUAGCUAAUUUAUUUAAACUUGCGGACGCCUGCGACUUCGUCCGCGUGGAAUUCAGUUUUUCACAAAUCCCUCGGGAACCAUGGAUUUUUCCGGCAUGAAAAGUAGCCUAUAUGUUAAUCCAGAGUAUAAAAUA